GCCGGUAUUCUUGGCUUUGCAGAACUGACGCUCGAGCGGGUGGAUUGGAGGCGUAGCUUUCAGUGGCACACUGACCUACAUUCGAGCAGCCGUUUCAAUUCUGCUGCGACUGUUCGCCGUGGGUGUUUAGAAGAAAUGGGGGUGGUGUGAGCGACGAAGAAAUGUGAAGUAAUCGGUGUCAGAACCCGACACAUUCGCUGCGAUACAAUGUGCACAGUGGAGUACUCAGAACAAUCCAGCUGUGGAGGCACGCAUUCAGUUACUCUGUGGUUGGACUGGAUAAUGCAGGAGCUACUAUGUGAGUCAUUUUGCCCUUUAAUAAACUUGUGCUUCCUUCACGACUGUCCUAUCCUCAUUGCAAUAAGUGAGUCUUCAAUGGACGGAAAGAUGUAUUUUCUGAAGUAAUCCACUUACAAUUUAGGUGUUUGACAUCACGCUAUUCUUUACUGCUUAAAAUGAAACGGAACAGACUAUUUAUUAAGUCGCAGAUGCAAGAACUUGCUUCCUCAGAGAGAGGAAACAAAAAAUUGAAGUCAGUGUCUCCAUCUUUUUGCCAGAGUGUUGUCCACAAUCAGGACAUGAACGAAGACUGGGGCAGUCUGCCUCACCAUGUAGUUCUACAGAUCUUCCAGUAUCUGUCUCUGGUAGAUCGGGCACGUGCAUCCUCUGUAUGUAGAAGAUGGAAUGAAGUGUUUCACAUCCCAGACCUCUGGAGAAGAUUUGAAUUUGAGCUCAAUCAGCCUGCCACUUCUUAUCUCAAGUGCACCCAUCCUGACCUCAUCCAGCAGAUUAUAAAGAAACAUGCUCAGCAUCUACAGUAUGUAAGCUUCAAGGUGGAUAGCUGUACAGAAUCUGCAGAGGCAGCCUGCGAUAUUCUUUCGCAGCUAGUGAACUGUACCAUUAAAACUCUGGGCCUGAUUUCUACGGCACGCCCCAGUUUCAUGAACGUACAACAGUCACAUUUUGUAUCUGCUCUCACUGUGGUGUUUGUCAACUCAAAGUCACUCUCUUCAAUUAAGAUUGAUGACACACCAGUUGAUGAUCCUUCCCUGAAAGUGCUUGUUGCAAAUAAUAGUGACACACUUAAACUUUUAAAGAUGAGCAGCUGUCCGCAUGUAUCCCCAGCAGGAAUUCUCUGUGUGGCUGAUCAGUGUCAUGGGUUGCGGGAACUAGCUCUGAAUUACCAUCUUCUGAGUGAUGAGCUCCUCUUAGCCCUGUCCAGUGAGAAGCAUGUUCACUUGGAGCAUUUGAGAAUUGAUGUUGUAAGUGAGAAUCCAGGUCAGACACAAUUUCACAUCAUCAAGAAGAGCAGCUGGGAUGCCCUAGUUCACCAUUCUCCAAAAGUCAACAUUGUUAUGUAUUUUUUCUUGUAUGAGGAGGAAUUUGACCCAUUCUUUCGUGAAGAAACACCUGUAACCCACCUUUACUUUGGACGAGCUGUUAGCAAAGAGAUGCUUGGUCGUAUUGGACUCAACUGUCCAAGGCUGAUUGAACUAGUAGUAUGUGCCAAUGGCCUUCAGCCUUUGGAUGAAGAGCUUAUCCGAAUUGCAGAUAGGUGUAAGAAUUUAACAGCCAUUGGCCUGGGUGAAUGUGAGGUUACCUGCAGUGCUUUUGUAGAGUUUGUGAAGAUGUGUGGUGGAAGGCUAACUCAGCUUUCUAUAAUGGAAGAGGUGCUAAUACCUGAUAACAAGUACAGUGUUGAGCAAAUUCAUUAUGAGGUCUCUAAACACCUUGGACGGAUGUGGUUCCCUGAUAUGAUGCCCACAUGGUAAAUGUGUUGUGUAUACGUUAGACGCAUUUGGAGCUUUUAAAUUUAGCAAAGAGGAAAAAUGAGAAAAAGAACGCUUUCAGUGUUUAGGCUUCUUUAUCAAAAAGAGAAACAUAUGCUUGCUUCCACAUUCUUUUUUCCAUGUAAAUGCAAUAGGAAGUUAAGAGCUACAGAAAUAUUUGCAAGCUUGGGUGAAGCAAACAGCAAAUAUUAAGGGGAAAAAGAACAGCUCUAUCUGAAGAAUCAGACUUUUGAAGAAUGUCUUUUUGCAAGGUAACAAAUCUACACUUGUGUAAAAAAAAAAAAAAGACUUCUUGUAAAGGUUUUAAUAGCGUUCCCUUGCUUCGCCUGUUCAAGUACUUUUGUCCUAGUAAAGGUUACGUUGGGCUUUUCUGUUUGUUCGGUAUUCGGUAAACAUUUACCUAAAAUUGAUAUUUGACAUUGUAUACUAAUUUUAAUACAUUUAAGUAUAAGCAAAAAAUGUUGUAGUUUAUUUUAACCAAUUAGAUGUGGUAAAUUCAGACUUUUUUGUUGUCUUCUGAAAGUCUGAAAUGUGAUUCCUUUUUAAGGAACACCUUAAAGGCCAAAAGAUGUAUUUAUUGUGACAGAGGCAGAGCAAUAGCAUAAAUCUAUCACUAAAAACUGAAAUAAUUCAAAUGAGUGGUGUAAAAGAUUGUAUUUUAUUCAUAUAUAAUUAUAUAUAUUCACACACACACCAUGAAAUAAUAAACCAUGUAAAUUAUUUUUGGAACAGCAAUUGUUUUGCAUGUUUUUGGUCAUGUCCUUAAUUAUAUUAAGGCAGUAGACAGUGUUGAUGCAUUCAUAACUUCUGGUUUGACAUGGAGUUCAAAAUACUAAGCAAAAUGGAGUGAUCUUUGAAGAUAAAUCUUCUUUGUUCUCAAGCCUAAAUUGAAUCAGUUUUAUAAAGGUGACCAAUAGAAUGAACCAUGGUAGAGUUUAUUAUUAUCAUAUACAACUAGACAAAAACACUUGAGCAAGUAUGGUAAGGAUAUUUUUUAUAAUCUUAGAUUUCAAGCCAUCCAGUAGAGCCAUGUUUUUUUCUAUAUUUGAUGACAAUCCGGUUACUUACUCCAGAAGUGAUUUUUAAAUUGUAUUUGCAGUAUGUCUUUGUUUCAAAAUGUUGCGAAAGGUUUAAGGAAAAACUGUAAUUUUAGAUAUGAGUGUUGAAUAACAAUGUUUUCAGUCAUGGAGCAAGUUUAAUGCACAAUUUUUUUCAUGUGGCAAUUUUUGAUGCCAGUGACAAUUUUUUGCACUUUAACACCCAUUUUCAAAGGUUUUGGUUUCAUGCAGAGUAUUUAACCAUUUUGAUUAAAGUUUCAGAAUGCUCACAUUA